GUUUUUUUGAAACGUACCCGAAUUGAGUUUUCCUCUGGUUUGAUAUAAGAGCGGAGCGGGGGGGGAAUUAGUUUGUCCAGCAGAGAGAAUCCUGAAUUAAUGGCAACGGCAAUGGAGAAGGCCAAGUCUAUCGUUUCCUCCCACCCAGUAGUUGUUUUCAGCAAGACAUCCUGCCCGUAUUGCAAACAAGUCAAGCAACUGUUGGCAACGUUGCGCGCAAAGACAGAGGUCGUUGAGCUUGAUACUACAAGUGAUGGACCAGAUGUACAGGCAGCUUUGAAAGAAUGGACAGGACAACGUACUGUCCCAAAUGUAUUCAUUGGAGGCACACACAUUGGUGGCUGUGAUGAUACUGUUGCAAAGCAUAAGAAUGGACAGCUUGUGCCACUCUUGUCAGAAGCUGGUGCUCUUUGAGAACUAUUUGGUUAGUAUUAAUAUGACAACAAAUAAAGGAAAUUCGUUUACAGAACAAUGGAUAUCUAGACAUGCUUAUUGUACACAGUAAGACUGUGCUGCAUAUUUAAAACAUUAUAUGGUUGUACUCGAGAUUUAUGCCAGGUUUUAAUUUUAAUAAACUCUCUAAAAAGUAUUUUGUUGGUUUUGACUUUUAACAUGACGAGAAUUCCUCUAUAAAAUAGUAUAUACAUAUACAUACUCAUUAUAGACAGCAUAUUGUGCUGCAUAUUUAAGACACUGUAUGAUUGUAUUUGAGAUUAAUGCCAGGAUUCAAUCUUAAUUAA